AUGUCAGAUAAAACCCACGAACAAAUCGUGCUUAUCCUCCAAGCAACUCCCUACUACUCAGAGCUCGAACAAAUCGAAAAAGACCACCAAGCCAUCGUCCAACCCGUUCUCCGUCAAACAAGCGAACUACUGCGUGCAUUCCGCAAGGAAACUCGAGCUGGCAAUACAAACGGUGCACAAGAGUGUCAAGAUACUCUCGACCAGAAUGUCAAGAUUAUAGUCGACACCCACGAGCGGUAUAAGAGGGAAUGGAACAAAGUUAUGGCAAGAUUGGGUGAGGAUAUCGGUGGACUUUUGGGAGAGACUUUAGUCGAAGUGGCAAAGGGAAUGGGUAGGAGGGGAUCAUCGGCUGCGGGAAGUGAUAUGAAUUUGCAAAGGGUGCUCAUUCAGGUUGCGAGAAGGAUGCAUUCUGAGUAA